UAUCAGCCUUCGCACGACGUCGUGAUAAGUUGUCUAGAAUGUUAGGCGAUAAAGUUGGAGAAUUUCUCUUAAAAUUGAGACCUUUAUAAAAUCCUUUCAAGUCUGUGAAUUUUCUUUGGAGCCGCGAACGGUACGGAUUGUCAGGAAAACAACUGAUUUGACAAAUGGGUAAAAGGAAGUCAAGGGCAAAGCCACCACCUAAGAAGAGAAUGGAUAAGCUUGAUACUGUUUUCAGCUGUCCCUUCUGUAAUCAUGGGACCAGUGUGGAAUGCCGUAUUGAUAUGAAGAACUUGAUUGGUGAGGCCGUAUGCAGGAUUUGCCAAGAAAGCUUUAGCACUACUGUGACAGCUUUAACCGAAGCUAUAGACAUAUAUAGUGAAUGGAUUGAUGAAUGUGAACGUGUCAACACCGUUGACAACCUCGAAGACGAUGGUGCUUAGAAGACAGAUCAGAUGUUCAGAACUUCUGGUUGUACCAUGGAAGGAAUAAUAGGAAGUCUCUGUUAGUUUAAGAAGUUGUACCAUCCAUUAGGGAGGUUCUUGAUGGGAGAAGAUAGCAGAUCUGAUACUACCGAGGACAUCUUUAAUGUAUAUAAAAUGUUUUCAAACUAUUUGGUAUUAUGUAUUUUAUAACAUAUUAUGGAUGUUACGAGGAUGUUGCAGUUGGUGACAGAAUCAUCAACUAAAAAUUAUCUACUCUUAUCAGUUUACUUA